AACAAUCUCAAGGCGCAGCGUUCAACCCUUUGUGGAUGGACCAAUCACGCAUUCACAUAACAUUUUGAAAGCACUUUGGCAAAAAUAUUUCACUAAUGCAUCACCAUCACUUGGGAACAGAAAAAA